GCGGCUGGCAGCGAAACCGGGGCAGGCAGGCAGGCCAGGCCAGGCCAGGCAGGCCUCUUUUGGCAGCUGGCUUCCCAUUCCUCCCCGCGUAACCGGUCCAACCACGCUGGCAGAGGGAGAAAAAGAGAGCAGGAGAAAGAAAGGCCUCCGAUCCGGCGCCGUAGCCGCGAUCCUGGCCGGGUUUUCCGCGCGCCGCCCCCCGCCCCGCUUUCUUCCUCCUGAUGUGGUUUGGCGCGGAGAGCGGUGGCAUUUCCUGCUGCGGAGACGCUCGGCCACAGCUGCCGGCUGGCUUUUGGGGGAAGGAGGGAGUGCCAGGGAGCCUGCCACUUCCCCUCCCUGACAUCCCCAUCGCAGGGUCCGGGGCUUGGCCACUGACUGCCCGGUGCCAAGAGGGAGAGGCGGAGGGAGCGAGCGAGCAAGCAACAGCCUGCUUGGACGAGGCAGCGCUUUGGGGAAAGUGACACUUGGCCGGAACCAGGAGGAGGAGGAGGGUCGGGGGCGUCCCCAAGGCAGCCAAGGAGGCGGGAGGGAGGGAGGGAGGGAGGGAGCGAGGCCCGCCUGGACCCUCCCCUCCCCUGCCCUUCCCUCCACGAUGCUCCCAGCGCCACGGCGAUGCUGCCCGGGGGACUGACUGGUGGUGGAGACUAUGGUGAGGGGCCACUCCACCCGAUGGGGAAGGCGCUGCUCUGAUCGCCGGCCGGGAUUGGGACCAAAGGGAUCUCGGGCUGCUGGUGCUGCCUGCGAGCGGAGGAGAAAACCCCUACAACACAUGCCAUGAAGGAAGAGAAUUUUCUUCGGCGCAGGUUCUCGCUCUGUCCUGCUGCUUCCACUCCUCAAAAAAUCGAUCCUCGCAAGUUGACUCGGAACCUGUUUUUUGGGGCUGAUAAUGAGAUCUACCCCAUCAGCCCAGGGAAAGACAUGGAAGGAAACGCUUUAUCCAUGCUGAAGGACGAGAUUCCUCAGACACCAAACUCCAUUAAUAAGACUGAUUACAAGCUUUGCAAUGGAUCUGAUAAAGAGUGUGUCUCCCCUAAUGGCAAAAACAACAAGAAAGAGACAUUGAAGGUCCAGAAGAAAAAUUACAGGCAGGAAAAGAAACGAGCCACCAAGCAACUCUUCAGUGCUUUGAAAGAUCCCAGUGUGGUCAUUAUGGCAGAUUGGCUGAAGAUUCGUGGGACUUUGAAAAGCUGGACGAAGUUGUGGUGUGUACUGAAACCUGGGGUGCUGCUCAUCUAUAAAACGCCAAAAGUUGGACAGUGGGUUGGCACCAUCUUACUUCAUUCUUGUGAGCUGAUUGAGAGACCCUCCAAAAAGGAUGGCUUCUGUUUCAAGCUUUUUCAUCCCCUGGAUCAGUCAAUUUGGGCUGUGAAGGGUCCAAAGGGAGAGAAUGUGGGUUCCAUCACACAGCCUCUUCCGAGCAGCUACUUGAUCUUCAGGGCAGCUUCAGAAUCGGAUGGCCGAUGCUGGUUGGAUGCCCUGGAACUGGCCUUGCGCUGCUCCAGCCUCUUCAGACUCAGUGCAUCCAAGCAAGGGAAGGAUGGAGAUCUGAACUGCUCAAAUGACUCUUCACAUGCUGGGCUAUACAACCUGCUACACACGGCUACCAUCUCAGAUCAGGAGCUAUUCCAUCUCAAUGAGUCAGCUCUGGAGAACCACCACCUGGAAAAUGAUGCCUUUUCGGACAAAUCCGAGAAAGACAACAUAGAAGAAUCUGAGAAUGAAAUGCAUGAGAACAGCCGGAAAACAAAUGAAAGUGAGAGUGAUCAGUCUGAAAUCCAUGAGGAGCUGUCCCAGGAAAAUAAAGGAACUACCUAUUUAGAACAGAACUAUGAAGAAUUUGGGGAGACAGGUGAAUGCUCUCAAACAGAAACGGUAUCUGACGAAAAUAAGAGCUUGAUGUGGAUCCUUCUGAAGCAAUUGCGGCCCGGCAUGGAUUUAUCUCGUGUGGUUCUUCCCACUUUCAUCUUAGAGCCCCGCUCCUUCCUCAAUAAGCUCUCCGAUUAUUAUUAUCACGCCGACCUACUUUCCCAAGCUGCUCUUGAAGAAGACCCAUACUGUCGAAUCAAGCAAGUUUUGAGAUGGUACUUAUCGGGCUUUUAUAAGAAGCCAAAGGGAAUAAAAAAGCCAUACAAUCCUAUUUUGGGAGAGACCUUUCGUUGUUGCUGGUUUCAUCCACAGACAAACAGUCAUACGUUUUAUAUAGCUGAGCAGGUUUCUCAUCAUCCUCCAGUAUCAGCCUUUCAUGUCAGUAACAGGAAGGAUGGAUUCUGUAUUACUGGCAGCAUUCUUGCCAAAUCUAAGUUUUAUGGUAAUUCACUUUCAGCAUUAUUAGAUGGACAAGCUAAGCUGACAUUUCUGAGCAGUGGGGAGGAGUAUGUCAUUACCAUGCCAUAUGCACACUGCAAAGGAAUUCUGUAUGGCACCAUGACAAUGGAACUUGGAGGAAAGGUUACCAUUGACUGUGAGAAGAGCAAUCAUCGGGCAGAACUAGAAUUCAAAUUAAAGCCAUUCUUCGGUGGCAGCACAAGCAUUAAUCAAAUCUCGGGGAAGAUUAAAUCAGGAGAAGAAGUGCUGGCAAGCCUCGACGGACACUGGGAUGGAGAAGUAUAUAUAAAUGAUCUGAAAAAUGUCAGCACAGAGAUUUUCUGGAACCCAACCAAUGAAGUACGAAAGCAGAGACUUAAGCGUCACAUUGUGCUGUUUGAAGAGCAAACAGAAUUUGAAUCUGAGAGACUCUGGCAGCACGUGACAAGUGCCAUCGGUAAAGGGGACCAGAACAAAGCAACUCAAGAGAAAUUUGUGUUGGAAGAGGAACAGAGGAAUGCAGCCCGGGAACGGAAGGAGAAUGGAAAUGAGUGGAAGCCACUCCUCUUCUGGCAUGAUUCCACCACCAAUGAAUGGCAUUACAAAUAUGAAGAUUUAAGGCCCUGGGACCCACUGAAUGACAUUGCCCAAUAUGAAAAGGACGGGAUACUUCAAACCAUGCAGAGGCACUUACCCAAUCGAAUGUCAGCUCACAAAAAUAUGCACAUCAGCAACAAAGUCCGACACAAGAGGUCUGCAAAUGAUUGUCGACGCCGUAAAGCCAGUGAUCAACCGUCCAAUAACAGCCAGAACACAGAAAGUAGCUGUUCAACACCUGAGUCCAUGCAGGAACUUUCAGAUGAUGAUGGUUUUGAAAGCCCGUGUACUCAGUGUGGGAAGGAAUCUGAUCAUUUGAAGGAAAUUCACACUGCUGUCUUAUCCCUCCAGAGAGCUCAACAGGAUAUACACAGAAACCUCACUGCUCUGAACAAAAAGUCCCUCUACAGGAGGACCUCAUCAGAAAACCUCUUCAUGGACUCUCGCUGUUGGUUCCUUCUGUGCAUCUUUCUCACGUGUCAGCUCUUUAUUAAUUAUGUUUUCAAAUAAAAAUCAUGGUGGCAUUUGGGCAGCAAUAAGAAUGACCAGCUGCAGGAGCGGGGAGACUGAAAGGCAAGGAGCCCACUGAGGCAUCAAGCACUUUACUACCGACACAGCAGCCAGGGGCAAAAGAAAGAGAGAACAAGGCGAACCAGGGAACCUGCAGAGUUGUGUUCUUCAAAUUUAAUGUCAUUGCCUUUUUUACAUGUACAUCUACAAGGACCUCUUUACCUGUAUGGGCCUUAAUGCUAAAGCCAAAUGUAGCUUUAAUUGUGCAAUUUUUGUUUUCUAUGUCUGGUCGUUUUCUGAUGCAAUUAAAAGUUACUAACAAGUAUUUGUGCCCCCUCUAACACUACCAACAUCUACUUGGGUUUGUAAUAUGGUUCCUAGUGGCUUGUUUUGUAGCUGUUCUACAGAACGAAGAGGGCACCUGGACAUUGAUCCAGGUGCCUUCUGGAAAGGAACAUCAGGCAACCAGAUAGAAAAUUAAGCCAACUGGGUAUAGAUAGCACAGCUUCUCCUUGGAUCUUCUCACACACCACAUCCCUAUGAACAGCACACCACAUUGCAUUCCACCAAGUUGUAAAUAUGCAUGAUUUCUUAAUGCCCUGUCCUUUUAGGAAACACGAGGCCUCCCAUUCAUAGGCAACAAUGCCCUGCCAGAGGGUUAGAAAAGCUUGAUUAUGAAUCAGUUCGGGGAUAUAAGUCUCAGAGUUUUUACAUUGAUUAAAACCCACAAACACAAGCACUGUAUAAAGGAAUGCAAACAAUAUUUAAAGGAAUGCUUCUGAAAAGUACCGUUAUUCCCAGCAGGGGAAAAGAGAAUGACCGUAUAUGAGCACUUCUGUAUAUAGUUCAUUUUGUAUGCCACAGAAAUCACUACAGUAUUGGGGUUCACUGGGCAUAUACUGUGGCAUAGGAAGGUUUUGUCCACUGAUGCAUCCAGGGCAGCUUUAUGGGUAGGUGCAAGCAACUGCUUCUGUACGUUUCUUUUGGGUGAUCACUUGUAACUAGUUGGCUCAGCUUCCCUGUGCUUUGUAUCAAAGGACAACUGCUUUCUAGUAUCACAGAAUGCCCCCUUCCCCUCUCUAGGGCUGAUCCUGUGAUUGUGUGAAGGCACCUUGUGUAUGUUCUUUGCUCAUAGGUACAUUUAAAGGUUAAUGGUCAGGAUUAGUAAGGGUUUGCCACUGCAUCCUCUGACUCUGUUGAUAGUCUUCCUAUUUUUACACCAUUUUUAAAAGAUUUGCAAUAUUUUAUGUAGAUUCGCAGCCAGUACUAAGCCUUUCUUUUCUGGCCUGAAGUAGUUCCAAGUGGUAAGUACUGCUAUAUAUAUAAAAAGAUUAUAUAUAUAUAUAUACAGCCUUAAAAUAUUUAGUGGUGGUGCCAGUCUGGGCUAACUUUCAUUGUAAAUGUUUCCAGAUUUUUAACUACAUUCCUUGUGAUGUUCCCUCAUUAGGGGAAAUUUUGUUUGUGCUUGAUAUGUUGAAAUAAAUUACACAACUUUCACUUA